CAUUCGGCUUCCCGCCAAGCAGCCGGCGCUGCGUACUGGCGACGUGAUGACGCAUUUCCGCCUGUUCUUCCUGCUCCGGGUCAUCAACGUGGUUCUUGAUGUUUUCAAACGUGCGGCGUUACAUCUAAGGGUCAAAUGGGGGAGUUUAAGGUGCACCGCGUCCGCUUCUUCGACUACAUGCCCAGCGCCAUCCGGGCCAUGGCCUUCAACAGCCACACGGAGCGACUGGCCGUGGCCCGAGCCGACGGAGCCGUGGAGAUCUUUAACUUUGCUGACAACUACUUCCAGGAGAAGGUCAUCCCCGGGCGGGACGGGAGAACCGUGGAGGCUCUCUGCUGGGUGGGCCGUCGCCUGUUCAGCGCUGGUUUAGACGGGGAGCUCACGGAGUAUGACCUGGAGAACCUGAGGCCCAAAUACAGCAUUGAGGCCUACGGAGGACCAGUGUGGACCAUCAGUGGAAACAGCCAGGGGACGCUGCUGGCGGCUGGCUGUGAAGACGGGACGGUGAAGAUGUUUGAAAUCCUGGACGAGAGGAUUCAGUUUCAAAGGAACCUGGACAGGCAGAAAGGUCGGAUCAUAUCUCUGGCCUGGCAUCCGUCCGGCACCAAGAUGGCGGCAGGAAUGAUGGACAUGAUCCGGAUCUUUGAUACGGAGACGGGUAGCGCCACACACAGGAUGCUGGUGGAGCGAGGGGCGGGAGCCUCCAAGAGCAAGGAGGUGGUGGUUUGGAGCGUGGCCUUUCUGUCCGACCACACCGUCAUCAGCGGCGACUCCGCGGGGAAGUUCCAGAUCUGGGACGGGUCGACCGGAACCUUGUUCAGGUCCCACCUGGUCACCAAGUGGGACGUCCUGGUCCUGUCCGUCUCCCAGGACGAGAGCAGCGUGAUCGCCGGGACGUCUGAGGGAACCGUGGUCCAGUUUCAGUUCAUCGCCUCCACCGCGGGACAGGAGGACAAGCACUGGUUCCGAACCCGGACCUUUAAGAACCACUCGCAUGACGUGAGGGCUCUGGUCCACACCGACACGGCUGUGGUCUCCGGAGGGAUGGACACCCAGCUGGUGGUGAGACCCCUGCUGGACAAAGUGGAGAAGAACACCCAGGAGUCGGCGCUUCGGAAAAUUGCUUUCCCACAUAGAAACCUGGUUAGUUGUGCCAAGAAAGCAGGACUUCUCCUCUUCCAGUUCCCGGAUCAUUUGGAGCUGUGGCGGCUUGGAGAAAGCGACGGAAACGGAGCGCCUGGGGAGAUUCUGCCUGUGAAGAGGAAGCCAGAGAAACUGAUCCAGCUGAAGAGGAAGGGAGAGGAUCACAUCUGCUGCAGCGCGCUGUCUCCAUGCGGCAGCUGGUUGGCGUACUCCACCGUCUCCAGCGUCCGUCUCUACAGGCUGACGCUCAGCAGCAACAGCGUCAGCAUCCAGAAGGUGUCCAAACUGCCCAAAGAACUGCGCUCGGUCCACCAGCUCUGCUUCUCUCUGGACUCCUCCAGGCUGUUCGCCUCCUCCAGCCUCUCCUCCGUCGUCGUUGUCGCUCUCGACCAGACGGAGUGUAGAUACCUUCACACCCUCAAACACAAGUCUGGCUCCAAGCAGCCGAUCCACAUCCUGUGUCCCAGUGAAGACGGCCGGUGGCUCGCUGCAGCCAACACCGACUGCGAGAUCCACGUCUUCGACCUUCACAAGAAGAAGCUGCACUGCUCGGUGCCGGCCUACAGCUCCUGUCCCACGGCCGUCUCCAUCCACCCGGCCAGCUGCAGCCUCGUCUCCGUGCACGCCGACCAGCAGAUCUUUGAGUUCUCCCUGAAGCAGAAGGAGUACACCGAGUGGAGCCGGCAGCUGCAGAGACAAGGGCUGCACCCGCUGUGGCUGCAGAGAGACACGCCCGUCACCCGCGUCACCUUCAACCCCACAAACCCGGCGCACAUCGUGCUGCACGACGCCUUCAUGUUCUGCAUCAUCGACCAGAGUCUGCCGCUCCCUAAAGCAGAGACGAAGCUCUACAAUCAGAUGGUCCUCCGGAGUCUUCCUCAGCCGCAGAGAAGCAGAGAGAGCCACGCCUUCAAGAUCUGCAAGAACUUCCAGCACCUCCUCUCUGUGACGCUGCUGGAGGACCUCUCCCUGGUUGUAGUGGAGCGCCCCCUGCUGGACAUCGUGUCUCAGCUCCCCGCUCCUGUCCGGCAGAAGAAGUUCGCCACCUAAGCGGUGACGGUGCCACGCGUCUAAACCGUUAUCAUGCUCUGUUCCUGUGUCUCCAGCUUGUAGGAGACGUUUUGAUAAAAAUAAAAAUAAAAACUUUCAUCUGUG